AUGUCCACCAUUUACAACUUCAAUACGAUGACCGUCGUCCCGACGUACAAAGACUUCAUGGACAUCGUGCUCUCCAGGACGCAGCGUAAGACGCCCACAGUGGUGCACAAGGGCUACCAUAUCUCUCGCAUUCGCCAGUUUUACAUGCGAAAGGUAAAAUUCACGCAAAAAACAAUCAACGAGAAACUGACGCAUGUCUUGUCAGAGUUCCCCCGCAUGGAUGACAUUCAUCCUUUUUACGGAGACCUUAUGCACGUGCUGUACGAUCGCGACCACUACAAAGUGGCACUGGGUCAGGUGGGAGCUGUGCGGCAUAUGGUGGACAACAUUGGCAGGGAUUAUGUGCGGUUGCUAAAGUACGGUGAUUCACUUUAUCGCUGCAAGCAGCUGAAGCGCGCCGCACUGGGACGCAUGGCAACUGCCUGCAAGAAACUUAGCAGUGCCAUGGUAUACCUGGAAAAGGUGCGACAACACAUGUCCCGUCUGCCAUCUAUUGAUCCAAACGCCCGAACGCUGCUCAUUACGGGGUUUCCGAACGUGGGAAAGUCAAGUUUUAUGAACAAGGUGACCCGUGCUGAUGUGGAGGUGCAGCCGUACGCCUUCACAACGAAGUCCCUUUUUGUUGGUCACACCGACUACAAGUACACCACUUGGCAGGUGAUUGAUACACCUGGCAUUCUUGACCACUCACUUGAGGAACGUAACGUGAUUGAGAUGCAGGCAAUUACGGCAUUGGCGCACCUUCGUGCAUGCGUUCUUUUCUUCAUGGAUCUUAGCACCCAGUGUGGAUACUCCAUCGCGCAACAACUCUCGCUCUUCCAAUCCAUUGGACCACUUUUUACUGGAAAACCCGUCAUUGUUGUUUUCAACAAGAGUGACGUAUGCACCAUCGACGAUGUAUCCACAGAGGAGCAGUCUCUUAUCAUGCAGGCCGUUGAGGAGGCCGGCGCGAAAUGGGUCACAACCAGCACUUUAACAGAUAUAGGUGUCGGGGACCUAAAGACACUGGCAUGUGAGACGUUGCUGGUUCACCGCUCUGAGCAGAAGGAAAACAGUGGACGGUUUCAGGCAAUUCAAAACCGUCUCUACUGUGCGGUACCGCAAAAGCGGGACAACAUGGAGCGACCAGCCUACCUUCCAGCCACCGUGAGGAGGGACCAGGAGGAGAGUGACGCAUCGGGUCCAGCUUGUGUUCGCCGAAAGACAGAGCGAGACUACGAGUGGGAAAACGGCGGACCAGGGAGGUAUCAGCCCAAUGAACGCAAGACGUGGGAUUUGGAAAAUACAGAAUGGGUAAAUGACAUUAUUCCCGAUAUUAUGGAUGGCCAUAAUAUCUACGACAACAUUGACCCAGACAUCCACGAGCGACUGCUUGAGUUGGAGGCGGAGGAGGAUGCGCGAUUGCAGGAGAUGGAGAUGGAGGCCUCAAAGAAGCACCCCCAGUACGAGUUGGAUGACGCCACGUUGGAAGCCAUGCGCUUUAUUAAGGAUAAGAUUAAGGUGUUGAAGAUGGAGAAGGCGAUGAAGAACCCUGUUAUUCGUCGCACCAAACAGCAGUCGGAUGCGAUUAACAGGUUCAACGGGCGCACUGGUAGUCAAGACGCUCGUUCUGCGACACCCGCGGCCACUGCUACUACUGCCAGCAGAAAGCGCGGCCGCUCAAUGUCAGUCGCACAAGAGGCAAUCAUGCGCGAUCGCUCGGGUUCGACACAUGUGUCUACGAAAACCACGCGUAGCAUUAGCUCUCGCUCCGCAAGCCGUGAGCGUUCCUUGAGUGUGAGCAGAGGGGAGGGCUUCAGAGACAUCAAUCAAAAGCUUCGUGCGGUGAAGCUGAGUAAGGUGAAGUCACGCUCUCGCAACCGGCAGGGCAAGAAGGGCGAGGCCGACCGUGACACACCAAACCUUCGCCCAAAGCACCUCUUCACAGGAAAGGUGAAGGUUAACGGCAAACGCGACAGAAGGUAA